AGACCACAAGCAAAGCAAAAAGGUGAUAGACGGGAGAGCAAAAACAAAUCGCUGAUAGCCAGUUAUCGGUGUCUAUAUAAAGCGGCAUCUGGCAGAAAUUCAAUUUCAGUUUCGCGACGACUUCCAGCCAGCCGGAUUCUUUUCUCAAUUCCAGUUCUUGAAAGCAAAUAUAUAUCGCUCAAUAUGGCCGAUCCCAACGUCAAGCCCAAGUACACAAAACUCUUCAUCAACAAUGAGUUUGUUGACUCGGUGUCGGGCAAGACCUUUGCCACUUUCAAUCCGGCUACUUCGAAGGAGAUUGUUAAAGUCUCCGAGGGAGAUAAGGCUGACGUUGAUCUGGCUGUGAUUGCGGCCAAGAAAGCCUUUCAUCGCGACUCGGAAUGGCGCAAGUUGAGUCCUCUGCAGCGCACCAACCUGAUCAACAAACUCUGUGCCCUGAUGGACCGGGACAAGGCCUUCCUGGCCAGUUUGGAGACCCAGGACAAUGGCAAGCCCUACGCAGAGGCCCUCUUCGAUGUGACCUACUCGAUGUUGACCCUGCAGUACUAUGCCGGCUGGACCGACAAGUUCUUCGGCGACACCAUUCCCGCCGGGGGAUUCACCUCGAUGACGCGCAAGGAACCGGUGGGCGUGGUGGGCCAGAUCAUUCCCUGGAACUACCCCCUGCUGAUGCUGGCCUGGAAGUGGGGACCUGCACUGGCUGUUGGCUGCACCAUCAUCAUGAAGCCCGCUGAGCAAACGCCGCUGACCGCUCUUCACAUGGCCGCUCUGGCCAAGGAAGCUGGUUUCCCGGCCGGAGUUAUCAACGUGGUCAACGGAUUUGGACCCACUGCAGGAGCGGCCAUCAGUGAGCAUCCCGAUAUCGCCAAGGUGGCUUUCACCGGAUCCGUGGACAUCGGAAGGAUUAUCAUGCAGGCUGCUGCGAGGACGAACCUCAAGAGGGUUUCCCUCGAACUGGGCGGCAAGAGUCCCGUGGUAGUCUUCGAUGAUGCAGAUAUUGACUUUGCGGUGGAGACUACACACGAAGCUUUGUUUUCCAAUCACGGACAGAGUUGCUGUGCCGGCAGUCGAACCUACGUUCACGAGAAGAUCUACGAUCAGUUUGUGGCCAAGGCUGCUGCCAAGGCAAAGGCCCGCAAGGUGGGAAAUCCCUUCGAGGAGAACGUCCAGCAGGGUCCGCAGAUCGACAACGAUAUGCUGACCAAGGUUCUGGGCUACAUUGAAAGUGGCAAGAAGGAAGGUGCCAAGUUGCAGGCUGGUGGUAACAGGAUCGGCAAUGUGGGUUACUUUGUGGAGCCCACUGUUUUCUCGGAUGUGAAGGAUGACAUGCGAAUUGCCCAGGAGGAGAUCUUUGGCCCCGUGCAAUCCAUCUUCAAGUUCAGCACUCUGGAGGAGAUGAUCGAUCGGGCCAACAAUGUGCAAUAUGGCCUUGCCGCCGGCGUUAUUACCAAUGACAUCAACAAGGCCAUGAAGUUCGCCAAUAAUGUUGAUGCUGGAUCCGUGUGGAUCAACUGCUAUGAUGCCGUGCUGCCCUCCACUCCCUUCGGUGGAUACAAGCACUCUGGAAUCGGUCGUGAACUGGGCAAGGACGGACUGGACAACUACUUGGAAACCAAGACCAUCACCAUGAAACUGCUUUAAGCUGGAACUUGAAGGAUUUCUGUUUCGUAUACACAAUAUUUGUAUUUUAUUUGCACUUAUUUUCGGUUCGUCAGCGGUUAGACUAUUGCAUUUUAAAUAAAACUCUUUGAUCAAA